CCGGCCUCGCCUCGCCAUUAGCGGCGGCAACGGGCGGGCUCCGCCCGGGGCGGGCGGUCGCGGGUUACCUGGGCGGCGCGGUCGCGGGGCAGAGAGGGGCGUGCGGUGGUUGCGCUGCGUCGCCCUUCUAGUUUUCCUCUUUCUCUUCCUAUUCCUCCUGGUCGCGGCUGCCCGCGUCGCGGCGGCGGCCGGGCCAUGGUGCGGCGCGCCCGCCUGGCGUUGGUGGCGGCAGCGCUGGUGGCGCUGGGGGCGCCGGUGGGUCAGGGCGCCCGGGCUCUAGAGUGGUACACGGCGUGGGUGAGCACGGCCUACGUGGAGCCGCUCAGCAACCGCACGGUGCGAGGCAACACAGAGAGCGGCCGUUACGGGGACAGCUCGCCUAAGGAGAGCGCCCAGGGCCUGGUGGGCAUCCCUCGUGGCGCCUCACCGCGGCACAUGGAGGGCUGCGCCACCGACACAGAUUACGACGUGCCGCUGCCGCCCGGCGGCCGCGGACCCCCCGAGGGCGACCCACCGCCCUGGAUAGCCCUGGUAGCCCGCGGCGGCUGCACCUUCAAGGACAAGGUCACCAACGCGGCGCGGAAGCGGGCGGCCGCCGUGGUCAUCUACAACGAGGCUCGCUUCGGUAACAGCACCGUCUCCAUGUCCCAUCUAGGAACAGGAAAUACAGUGGUGAUAAUGGUUGGCUAUCCAAAAGGAAUAGAGAUACUAGAGCCAGUGCGAAGAGGGAUUCCAGUGAAAAUGACCAUUAUUGUUGGCACACGGCAUGUGCAGGAAUACAUUAGUGGCCAGUCAGUUGUGUUCGUGGCCAUUGCCUUCAUCACUAUGAUGAUUAUAUCACUUGCUUGGCUCAUAUUUUACUAUAUACAACGUUUCCUCUAUACAGGAUCACAGUUUGGAAGCCAGGGACAUAGGAAAGAAACCAAGAAAGCAAUCAGCCAGCUUCAGCUUCAUACUGUGAAACGUGGAGAAAAGGGAUUAGACGUUGAAGUGGAAAACUGUGCUGUGUGCAUUGAGAACUAUAAACUGAAAGACACUGUCCGAAUUCUGCCGUGCAAGCAUAUCUUCCACAGAACAUGCAUUGACCCUUGGCUUUUGGACCACCGAACUUGUCCAAUGUGUAAACUAGAUGUUAUCAAAGCUUUGGGAUACUGGCACCAGAAAAGAGAGAUGAAGACACAUGCGGGGGACCCUGAAGAUGUGCUUGAAGUUCCAAUGCCUGAGUCAAUAAGUGGCAGUGUUUCAGUUGGAAGUCUGAGUAUUGCUUUACAAGAUGAUGACAGAAAUGAAGUAAGCGAGUUGUCAGCUUCCUCCACUAAUGAAUCUGUGUUGCAGUGCACCAGUUUGAAGGAGGAUGCAGGUGAAACCACCGCGUUACUUGAUGUGGAUGUCAGUAAUAACCGGCAUGGAGAACAUCUAUCAAAUGGAAAUUCCCACUGAGCUGCUUACUGGGAAGAUAUCUUGAAUAGACUGUUGAAGAACUAUUAUUUUUUAUUUAACUAGUAUGGACUUUUGUCUAGUUAAUGGAAGAAAUAACAAUGUAAAUUAUUUUACCUUUCAGACUUUUCUAGCUGGUGUUCCAAAAGGGCUAAUAACUUAAGAAUUUUGUACACAGGAGAAUUUUAUAAAAUCUCCUCUGGAUGUCUCAUCCUAAAAAGAAAGAUGCAAUAACCCUUUUUCUGUAAGCAGUGUUACAAUGUCGUCGUGUUCCAGAGGGCUGCAGCAAAGAUGAAGAGUAGGCAGUGAGAACAGUGUAGAAUGUCUUAACAGAUAAAUAUUUUGGAUACACUAUUUACAUUCACUAUGUACGCAUGGAGAACACUUACAAGACUACAGCUAUUAAAAUGUUCUGAAAGUUCUGAUCUGCUGUAAUUGGAGAUGGAUGUUCUUACAAAAGACAUAAUCUAACCAUGAAAGUCACGUAACUUCACGGAUUACGUUGCAUAUGCUUUUGUGUGAGUAAAACGAAUUGCUGGUUGCAACUUUCCUUACGCAUAACAAGUACUAAUUUGAUCUUGUAAUGUGUUCUACACAGAGUGGAUGCUGGGGGGAAAAGGAGACUUUCUCCAUCUUGCUAGAUUUUUAUACUGGAUUUGGCAGUAAUAGGUUGCGCUAGGUGGUCUUCACGUGCUGAGCAUGUAGACUUGCUUAGGUAUAUGCACGCUGGUUACCUCUUCCAAUCUCGAACUCAGUAGAACAGAGGUAAAGGGCUAACUAUGGCUAAAAUGUAUUUAUUAGUCUAUUUAUGACAAUUUACUUAAUUCCUUCUUAUUCCUACCCUGUCCCAUUUCAUUAUAUAAAAAUGGAAACUGUUUCUUAGAAGUUUGGGUUUGGUUCAGGUUUUAUUUUUCUUUGCACAGAGAUGCUGGAAUUCUUCUCUUAGCUGUUCAGCGUUAGGAGUUUUGACCGGGUUUGCCAUUAGCUUUUAUUCCUUUCUUUUAGAUUAGCAGUACUGUGCCUUAUAGUAAAACACUUAAGAAACCUGAAGCAUCUGAGAGUGAAUAUAAACCCUGGCAUCUCCCAUUAUGACCUCUUACUCAAAUAUUUAUAUACUGUAUGUGGUACAAGGAAUUGCUAAACUGUUUCGUAAAGAAAUAUGUAUAUUUCAAACACUACUUAAGAGUGUUAAAUGAAUUGUUUAGGAUUUUAGCAUUGUCAUGUUACAAAUACCUACGCUACAUUCCUCAGUUUUCUUUUGUAAAGCUGUUACUCCAGGUUGCUUAAAACGGUGUCUUUUAUGAGACAUUUGUUUCAAGAGUGCAUUUG